AUUUCCUAUAAAAAAAAAUAUUAGUCCAUAAGUAAUACAUUUUUUAAACGCAACUAGGAUCUCAAAACAAGAGAGCCAAUAAAAAACUUAACUCUACAGAUACAUAACACGUUCUGUCAAAUUUGAAAAAAGAACAAUCACCAAACACGAGGCAAGGGUCAUGACAUCAUACAGCCAAUAGACUAAGGCGAAGGGCGCAUCAAUACAGCCAAAGUAUCAGAAAAUAAAGGUCAUGACAGCUAAUUAAUCAAAAUGGCGAAUGUUGGCAAGGUUCUGGCCACGAUAAAGGCGGUCAUCACCCGUCUGGUGUUUGCGUGCCAUGGUAUCAUCGCUAUUUGGCAGGUGACAGUUUUCAAAGAUAACAUCGAGUAUUGGUAUUUGGCUUCGCCUAUAUUGUUGCUGAUUUUCGAAGGCGUGUUCACUUUGACGAUCAAGGAGAAUCAGGAGUGGAAAUGGUUCUGUCCGUCUGUAUUCAUAUACCUCGGUCUGGUGGUGCCUGCAAUAUGGCUUCUGGAGUUGCACAAAGUGGAUUUAAGACUGCAAAAGAAAACGAAUAUAACGUACAUAGAGACCGAGAUACCCAUACCCGGUGCCACCAAGAUCCCCACGGAUAUGUGGGUGACGCUGAUAGAGCAGUUCCUUAUGCUGACCCUCAUUGUGGGGAGGUGGCUGCUGCCAAAGGGUGAUCUCACGAGGGACCAGCUGAGUCAAUUGCUGCUGGUGUAUAUUGGCACAGCUGCGGACAUCAUAGAAUUCUUCGACUCAUUCAAAGACGAAAAGGUCGCCACGGAGAAGGUGCUGGUGCUGCUCACGCUCGCGAUCUGGUCGUGGUCACUGGUCCAGUUCACGGUCGUCCUGACCGCGACCAAGUCCAGGAAGUCCAGGGGCACCGCACAUAGGUCUGACAUGAACACGAGCCGCGCGUGCUGCUGCUCCAUAGAAGUCUGCGCUAUUAUAAUGAACAUAGCGCUUCAGGAUGCGCCGUUCUUAGCGUUCCGAUUGUUAAUUAUAGCUCACUACAAGAUUAUUAAUUAUAUGAAUAUAUUCUUCACUUGUAAAAACACGCUGGUGAUUCUAUUACAAAUAUAUAGGUUAUAUGUGCUUCACUUGGAGACAGUUGACGAAGGAGGUGACGGUUCGGUUUAUAAAAAGAGACGGAAACAUAAAUCGAGCGAGAGGAAAGAUAAACACAGAGACCAUAAGGCCAAGAAGCAUAGACACAGAAGAGACAACGCCGAAACUACGGUAGCUGUUAUAAGUGACCCCAAAAAGCAGGAUAGAAUCGAUUGCGGCAGAAUUAGAGCAAUCAUAUUAACAAAUUCGGAUGAAAUCAAAGAAUUGGAGCUGACUAAGUUCUUUAAGGAUCAAGUUACUGUCGACAAUGAGAAGAAAAAAGGAACGAAAAAGAAACAAAAAACGCACUCAUCAGAGGAAUCCCUGAACAACAUUCAACACACCACAGAUGAUUCGGGCAUUUGACAUCACCGCGUCCGUCGGGAGAGCCCCAAACGGAGCCCCAGACACAGAGAAAAGCAUGACAGACAAAAAGAGAAGAAGAAAAAAAGGCGGGACACGAGCGAAAGUUCCGAUUCAUCAAGCUGAAGCACUGAAGUGAAUUUUUUGAAUUUGACAUUUCGGCGAAUGUCAUUUUGACAAGAGCGCGCGCGAUUUUUUUGUCUUAUCUGUGGAUGUUGGCGGGUUUUUGAAUUGCUGGAAAUUAUUGCCCGCCAAUUUGCGGAGGGUUUAAUGUUGAGAUUAAAAACACGGUAUGGAUGUGGCCGUGAUUCUUUGUUAUGUAGUUUAAGUUGAUGAAAAAUUUAUCUCAUUUAUACUUUAAAUUAAAAUGGAUACGGAUAAAAAAUAAUGUACGAAGGAAUCGGCCACUUCGUGUCUAUAUUGUGUAUGUUGUGACAAUUUCCGAAAUUAUAAUAAGUAUUGUAGGAAACACUUUAUUGCUAGAGUUAAGGUAAAUUAAAAAAAUAUAUUAAUUUCCUUAUUAGGCAUAUAAAAAGAAGCACAUAUCUUGUGAAGGAAACAAAUGAUUGAUAUCUAUAUCAAAUAUUUAAAUUUAUGUUAUUAUAUUGUUUAUUGCAACUGCAAUUAAAUAAACGUGCGGUUCAUGGAUGACAGAUAAAACAUAUCCUGCGAUGUAGAUAUAGGAUCUAUAUUUGCAACUAAUUUAAACUAUUUUUUUUUGGGUAAUAUAAAAAAAUAGAUUUCAAAUUUGGAAUGAAUUCGGGAUUAUAUCACAAUAUAUAUAACGAAAUAAAAGUUAUUUGGAAUAUUACGGCCUUACUUGCAAUUUUAAAUUUUAUCUAUUUUAAUCCUUUUGACAAAUGAUUGUACUAGGAAUAAUUCUAAAAUACAUCGUAAAAUAGAUUAACGCUGAAUUUUAAUUACGUUGCGAUAUAAUACAUAGAGUAUCAUAUUAUUUUUAAAGGCAGUAUUCAAAGUUUAUGCAAAUAUAUAGAUUAAUUAAUUAUACGGAAGGUAAACACGCAAAGGGUAUUAUGUGUGACAACUAAAUGCUUUUAAGGGUAUUUUAAUAGAAAGGAAAGCUCUUAAAAUAUUAAUACUGAAGUGUUAGUCAGAAUAUAUCGUUAAAAUAAUUUAUAAUAAUAACAUAAUAUUUAUGAAAAAAGAGAGACUAAAUAUUGUCAUUGGACAAGGUGGCCUUAUUUUGAGCGAUCUCUUCCAGACACAAUAUGAAUGG